GUCAAAUAUUGUCCAUCACCUGAUUUGUUAUUUUCUCGAUAAAAAGAAAUGCUGGAAAGCAGCUUCGAGAAGUCUGGAAUUUACGAUACCAUUCACGGUUUGUGCGGCAGUGAGAGCUAAAGAACACAGGAGUAUCAUUCAGGAUGGAUAGCUUGUAUGGAGCAGAUCAGGGUACUGUCAAGCUGGAUGAGGAGUUUGAUAAAUUUUUGGUUGACAUGAAACCUUAUGUGCUGACCCUACCACACAAGUCAGAUCGUCAAAGGUGUGCUCUGUGGAUUAAGAAAUUGUGUGAACCACCAACAGGAAUAACAGGAAGGAAAAACCGAAAUAUGCAUUGUCAGAUGAUGCUUCACAUGUUAAGACGAGGAUCAUUGGAUGGACCUUUUGCUAGAAAACCAGAAAGAGGGCCUUUGUCAACACUUACACCUAACUCAUCCAUUUAUUUUGACGAGCCUUCAUUUGGGGCUAGUAAGAAAAGUGGAAUACCAGACUGGGUAACUGGAGAGCUGGCUUUAGGGGACACAACUGGUUCCUCAAUGUUAAAAUCAUCCACAGUGUCAUCAUAUGAUCCAUCAAGUUUUACAGCAUCUUCAUGGAGAUCAAGCCCCAACAAAACAGACAUAUCUAUUUCUCCAAAGCUUAGACGUCCCCAUUCCAGUAUAGCCCUAGGCAUGGACAGAGAUCCUUUCUCAUUAAGUCCUAAAGGCAUAUUAGGUUCAAAGAAAGAUCACCGACCGUUUUCACUGGAUGAUAUGAGCAUUGGCAAAUUGCCUGAUGAUAAGCCUGCUGUGACGUUCAUGACAGACGAUCUUGACUUAGAUUUGCCAAAGAGUAUUACAAAAUCAGAUGAAGAAUCUAAAGAUAAGAAUGCCUUGUCUGCUACAGCUAUCUCAAGUGUCACUGAUGAUUUAUCUGACUGGAGCAGACCUCUUCAGACCUCUGAGGUGUCCGAUUCCUUAUCAGUCCGGUCAUCAGGAUUGUCAGGACUGAAGGAGGACAGACUUGUGUUUCCAAGUAAAUCAACAGAAAGAGAGGUUGAAGUGAAAACAAAAAUGCUUGAAGCUAAAUUCCAUGAAGAAAAACUUCGUCUUCAACAGAAGCAUGAUACAGCUGUCCAAAAGAUAUUGGAUCGCAAGAAUGCUGAAAUUGAAGAAGUAAAAAGUCAUUAUCGCCAAAAAGCCAAAGAAAUGGAGGAAUGUGUGACAAAGUUGGAUAAGAAAGUGAGUUCUCAACAGAAGGAGAGUCAAGCAGCUGUAGAAAGCAAGGAUAAGCAAAUUUCCGAGCUCAGGAAAGCACUUCAAGAAUCUGUUGAAUCUAAGAAGAACGAAUAUGAGAAAAGGCUUCACAAUAUAUUAGCGAACUUUGAGCAGGAAAAGUUGGAAAUGCAACGACAACACACAAAGAACAUCCAGGAAAUUUUAGAUGAUACAAAUGCAAGAUUAGCCAGAAUGGAAGAGGAAUACAGCCAGCAGACGCUCUCCACUACUGAGGUUAUAAGGGAACUGGAAAGUCGUCUUCAGCAGCUGACAAUGGAAGCAGAGAGCACAGCCCAGAGCAAGUCAGCCUUAGAGAGAGAUAAGAUUGAAAAACAGUCAAUGGUGGAGAGACUCACUACUGACCUGGAGGAGCUGAAAGCACGGUGUUUUGAGUUGGAACAAAAACUGAGCAGAAGGGAAGAGGAACAUGAACAGGAACUGCGAGUGUUACACAACAAGACAGACGCCACUGUAGAGUUUCUAAAACAGGAACAAAACAUAGCAGCUGCAAAGGCUGCAGAUACUAUCUCUGACUUAGAACAACAUAUGGACCAUCUGAAGAGAAGUCUGAAGGAUUCAGAAGAUCAGAGGCAAAGACAAAUCAGGGAAUCAGAGCAAGUUUAUCAACAAGACAAGCUACAUGUAGAAAAUCUACAUGACAAGCAGGUUAGGAGUUUGAAAAGAGAACUUGAGCACCUGGAACUGGACUCUCAGAAGAAAAUCAAACGGUUGGAACAAAUUAUAAAAGAUAAAGAUGAUGAGAUAAAACAGAUGAAAGAGCAGAACAAGGUACAAGCUCUGCAGGCUGAACGAGCUCUAGAGGACUUCAAGACACAGGUGGAGAAGAAUCAGAGUCGAGUGUAUGAUGAGAUGAAAUUACAGAUGGAACGAGUUGAAGCUGACCUGAACAGAUCUAAACAACUGAGGGAAAAACAGGCUGCUGAGUUUGUGACUCAGACAGAGGAGUGGAAACAGCAGCAUGAGAGAGAGGUGACAGAACUGAAAGUAUCCUUUGAGCAGGAGAAGAGUCGCUUGCUGCAUGAGAGUCAUGCCCAGAAGGAACUGAUACAAGGAGAAUUAGAACGUGAACUGGAAGGGCUGAAAUCCAGUCAGGCUCUUCAGGUGAAGGAACUUGAGGAGAGAGUCAGAGAAACUCAUCGGCAAGACACAAAGAUCAUUAAUGAUCUGGAGAAGCAGUGUCGAGACCAGAGAGAGGAGCUGGUACAGUGUAACCAGCUGAGAAAGCAGCAGCUAGUGGAGCUAGGCCUGCUCAGGGAGGAGGAGAAACAAAAGAUGCAGAGGGACCAGGAGGCUCAGCUGGCCCGGUUAAGGACAGAGAUGGAACAGCAGAAGUUAGAACUCCAGAAAACACACAGUGCUGAGAUGGAGAAGACUUUGGACAAGGCCAAUGGUCGACUGAAGGACAUUGAAAGGGAAUACACAGAACGAGCUCAGAAAUCCACACAGACCAUUUCAGAGUUACAAGGUACAAUACAGCAGCUGAGAGACGAGAUGAAGAAACAUAGAGAAACAGCAGAGAGAAGGGUUUUUGACCUGAAUGUUAGACAAGAGGAAGAGAAGAAGGCCAUACGCAAACAGCACAACACCACAAUUGAUGCUUUGCAGCAAGAACUAGAAAGACAGUGUGCCAGGGCAAGAACUGCAGAUAAGAAACUGGAACAGCGAGAGAUUGAUCAUGAGCAGAAGAUGACAGAGUUAAAGAUUCAGUAUGAAGAGAGGAUGCAUGGUCUAAUGCCAGCUUCUGUUAGACAGGAACUGGAGAAUACAAUAUCAUCCCUGCGGUCCCAGGUUCAGUCUAUUCAGCAGAGAGCCAGUAUCUUACAAGAUGAGCUGGAGAUGAGGACAUCUGUCACCCCUUCCGUGUCUUUCACUCACACACCAAUAAAGACAUAACAAUCUAUUCAAUCCAUGUCACAGAAUUACAAGCAGUAUUACCAGAGUCUAAGUCUCAGUAUAAAUCCCAUCGCAUCAUCCUAUCAUCUCUAGGUGCCUUCUGUAAAACAUGAUUUCUACAUAAGUAGUUUCCCACAAAGUCAUCGUCAUUUUUUGAUCUUUGUGAUGAAAAGCAAUAUAUAUCGGGUGAGCAUAAAAAAAUGGGCCGUACUUUGAUACUGCAUUGAAACAUUAUCCUUUGUUCAAACCCUUUCAAACAUGAUUUUGUUAACAAACUCACCAAUUUUCAAGGUCAUAGCUUGAAUAGUCUGUACACAGGGUUAAAGUGAAAACAUAGCCUCAAAAACGCACGUUCUGGUGACCCACAUCUAGUUCGCGCUCUGCACCUGUGUAACACGUGUCAAUCAAGUGUCGUCUGGAAAAAUUGUCUGGCUCUAGUGUUAGAGAAACCCUUCUGCCAGAUAGGCACAAGUUUUGCUGAAUCAAGAUGGUUUUCUCUGCUACAGACAAGGAAUUGAUCACCUUUUCAAGUAAAACAAUGUAGAGCAUCAUUUUGAAAUGUCCGAAAAACGCGUUUUUGACUCUGUUUUGAUUUUUGUCCCACGAACAGAAAUCUUAAAGGAUGAAAUUGAAAUUUGGUCUGUAUACUAGGGACAUAAUGGGUUUUGAGUGUGUAAAUUUUUGGAAGCAGACGUAAGAGAGUUUCAGAGAUUUUGAGUGUCAAAGUAUGGCCCAUGUUUUUACGCCCACCUGAUAUGUAGCAGUUAAUACAUAGAGGAGGGGCAUUUACAUUUCCUCACUAAAGGUUGCCAGUGUUGAUGGACAAAAGCCACUACUGGGCGAAGGACAAGUUACAGGAAUUACUUGGAAUUGUCAGAUCAGCACAGCUUGUCAUUAACCUCAAAUUUGAAUAAUGUCAUCAAGGUUAGAAGUACUAAUUGGUCCCCAACCCAGGGAGUUACCAUAGAUACAUGAGUAUAUUUUAUUUGUCUAUAUUACUGGUUAACUGGUUUUUACAGCAGUACAAUGUUUUGAAAGAGUGGUCAAAUAGGUAUUCCUUUGUGAAAGGUAGGUACGAUGGUUUGGGCACAUGUCUUGCCCUAAGCAGUCUGUCUGUCUUAAUACCCGUGAUACGUCACAUUGUCAUUCACAUUAAUAUUUAUUCAAGCAUACUGUGCCUCAUUGAUGUUUAAUGAGACGUAAUCCACCCCAUUUUAAAUGUAAUAAUUUCUACAUUUUGGCUUAUUAUAGAACUGGGAACAUGAUAUGUACAUGUAGAUAUUCUUUUAUUUAUUAUUUUUAAUGGACGCUAGAUUUUACAUAAAUAAGAACACUGCUCAAGUGGUUUAAGUAUAUAACAUGUUACAAGGGCAAUGUUUUAAUGCAUAUACAGUCUCCAUGUUAUAACAUGAAACCAUUAAUUUAAUGCACCCAUUUUAUCUUUUGUUUGUAAAUUUCAAAUUCUACUUACUUGUGUAAUAUUUCUGUAUAUGCCAAAUGGUACAAAUAAAUGAUAU